AUGGUUUUGGCUAGACUUCCUGCGCCCUUACGGGUUCUGCUCCUCACAACUCUCUGCGCCUCUACCGCCUCUGCCCUCCCUGCUACUCGUAUCUUCGCUCGGGAAGACACUUGCGACGCCGACCAGACUUCAUGCAAUAGCGAUAUCGCCAACUUUUGCUGUCCGAACGGCAACUCGUGCAAACUCCUCGCCGGCAAGACCACAGCAGUGUGUUGCCCCAAGGGUCAAACCUGCAAUGUCAUUCAACCCAUUACCUGCGAUAUCCGAGGUCAAGACCAAAAAGAAUUCCCAAACGCACCAGUCAAGACGAUAGUAUUCAAUCUUGCACUUGAAAAAUGCGGCAAGAAGUGCUGUCCUUUCGGAUACUCAUGCGAGGACGACCAGUGCGUUAUCGACAAGGAUCAAUCUGAUAUCCCAAAGGGUGCCGAGCUUCCCAACGAGACUUCUACUCCUGUGCCCAGUGCAGUAACCACUGCUACUGGGGAAAUCGAGACUAUCUCUAUCAGUGCUGCACCGUCAGCGAGUGCUGAGCCAACAGAGGCAGUUGGAGCUGGGUCUGACAAGAGCUCAGACUCCAAUGAUGAUGAAGAUAAUGAGUCCAAGUCUGAUAACUCAGGCCCUGCUACAACGUCCAUUGUCGGUGGUGUAGUGGGAGGCUGCAUCAUACUCCUCGUCAUCGCCAUCGUCAUCUUCCUCUACGUCCGUCGUCAAAACAAACGUGAAGCAGCUGGUUCAGAAAAAGGCAGCCACAUCUAUGGUAACGGCCGUCGAGCCAACAGCGACGCCUCCUUUGGAAACAUCAUCUCUGAACCCAUCAGCCAACCAAACUCCUACCGCGCCGACUUCAUUCUCAAGACUCCUUCUACCCAGCGUACAAGUAUCGUGCCUGUCCCUGCACGUCAAGUUUCCAACGCUAGCAAUCGCCUCCACGCUCCUCCUCGCAUUCGCAUCUCUAUACCCAAUCCCUUCGACUCACCUAACCCAUCACCCAACGCUCAACCCAGUUCUGCGGACAACGAAGAGUCUCUUCGCCAUGGUAACGUUCGUCUACCACCCAUUCGGGCCAUGAAGGCUUCUUCGUAUGGCUAUCGUCAGCCAUCUACCCCCGAACUCCAACGUGAGCCAAGCACAGAGAACAUCGACGUCUUCGCAGACCCAAGCACUAUUGUUAAGCCUCGUCCUCUGACACGAGCAACCACUUUUACAGAUCUCAUGGACGAGGCUGAUCUCGGCGCUGUGCGCAGAGGAAAGCCUUAUGUCCCUGGAACAACACCCAGGAUCUAA